AUAGGCGGUGGGAGAAAUUGUGUAUAAUAUUAUAGAUUGGAACACACCCUUGUGGUAUAUGUCUUGUCUCCUUUGUCCCAUCACUCCCAUCCCUCAAAAAGCCAAUCCAGAAUCUUUCCCCUUGAGCAAAAGAUCAACCACAAACAACAAAAACACUAUUCUUUCACUCUACCAUGAAGGAUUGGUGGGAGAAGUGGUUCUCUGAUUUGGAUAGGAAUGGUGCUAACUCCUUCAAUAACAUGGAAGCGCAACGAGGAGACAUUAUCAUGAGGCAGCACCCUGAAACCUUAUCUUCUUGUAGAACUCAAACACAAACUCACCAUCACUCUAUGUAUUCUUCUAAUUGCUUGGAUAAUUUGGGCUUCAAGGGUCAAAAUUCUGGGCCUCAUCUUGGAACGAAGAGGAUUAGAAGCUCUUCGGAGAUACAGGAUCACGUAAUGGCAGAGAGAAAAAGGAGACAGGAAAUGGCAGAGAGGUUUAUAGCACUUUCAGCUAUGAUACCUGGCUUGAAGAAGAUAGACAAGGCCUCUGUACUUGGGGAAGCAAUUAAUUACGUGAAACAACUUCAAGAACGCAUAGCAGUGCUUGAAGAAGAGGGUAACAAGAAGAAAAAAAGCACCACCAACUCACUAAUAUUGAUCAAGAAAUCUCAAUCUUAUCCUCAUAAUUCCGAUGAUUCCGAUCAAGUGCUCCCUGAAGUUGAAGCAAUUGGAUUAGACUCAGAAUCAGAAAAGGAACUACUCAUCAGAAUCCACUGUGAAAAAAGAAAGGGCAUCUUGCUCAAACUACUGGCCCUACUUGAAAACGUACAUCUCUCUGUCGCUAGUAGCAACGUGCUCCCAUUUGGAAAAAACACUCUCAACAUCACCAUUAUUGCUCAGAUGGGUGAGGAAUACAAGUUGACAGGGGAAGAAUUGGUGAAAGUUUUGAGAGAGGGUCUUUUGAAGUAAUAUGACAUUAUGCCAUUGUGAUCCUUGCUAGUGUAUCAAUCAAGUGAGUAUAUUCAAGUUAUAGUUAAGAUUGUAGGGGAUGAAGUGGUGGAGUGGUCUUGCUCUCACAAACCACUCAUAUUCAGCCCUUAUCCUUUCAAUUUGUAAUAAAAAAACUGAACAAACUAGAUUCUCAAAUUAUGCUUUCUAAUCGUUUAGGAGUUUAUUGGAGUGUAAUGACUGUGGGCCUGUGGCCCCGUUCACGUGUUUUGCUCAGAACACCAUAUGCGUGGAAUUGUCCUUUGGACAUAAUAGAAGCUAAUGACCCGUUUGGUGGUCAGGAUAGGAUAUGAUAGGAUAUGAUAUGUGAACAGGAUAUCAACAGGAUAGGAUAAGAGCAGGAUAGACUCUUAUCAUAUCCUGUGUUUGAGGUGCACAUGAUAAGAACAGGAUAUGAUAAAGAAAAAUGUA